UUGAUUUUCUGGUUCGAUCAGAUCAUCGGAUUGAAGUGGGCGAGUGGCGAGGAAUCAUGGAGGAAUUCAGUAGCAGAGCGGUGGAAGAUAUGGAGAAGGGAGACGCCGAGAAGAAGGAAGUAGUAAGAGUAUGCAAGAGGUGCAAACAAAUCUACAGUCCUUCCUCUAACAGCUCCUCUUCUUGCCGCUAUCAUCCUUCGUUCUUCGUUUGCCGUCGCCAUGACGAUCAGAGAAGAUACUAUGAAUUGGGACCAGACGAUCCUCCUUAUGCUGCCAAGUUCUAUGACUGUUGUGGAGCAGAGGACCCUGAGGCGGCUGGCUGCACUAGCAGCUCUCAUGUUUCAUAUGACGAUGACUAAUGACUUCCGGACAUGCGUGUGCUCUUUAGAAAACUCCAAUGGCCUUAUUUAUCUAAUCUAAACGCCCUCAUCUUCAUAUCAAAUACUUUUCGUUCUUCUUCUUCUU